GCAACACUUCUGAUAAAAGUUUUCCGCCUUUUACCUGUCAAUUCAAAACUGCAGAAAGAAAAUAUUAUCUACGCGUAAUAAUAUUACGUAGAUUCAUUUGCUAAUCGUGAUUUGUCGAGUUUACACUCAACUUUAUACGUUCUGAAACUGGAGGUGAAUACCUUUGUUGAUUUCGGUGUCGCUGUUUUCACGUAUUACGUCGUUUUUUUACCUACAAACAUUGUGUUUUAAAAUCGAAUUUAUUGAAACCGUUCCUGCGUGAUUAUUUUACUCAUUUCUUCAAUCAAAACAGGAUCCGGGAUAAAUUUACGAUGGACGGUGGUUCUGAUAGAAACGGUCAAGACGAACGGAACAAAAAAACCGAGCCCGAGGAUACGAAGAAAUCUAAAGAUGUAAAUAAUGGAAAUGCGAGUCGAGAUCUCUCGCUAGCGUCCAUAUCUGGUUUGGUUCCAAUAAACGAGACCUUAUCAAGUGAGGAAAACAUAGGAAUUUCCAGCAAUGUUGUCACCGACCGCCCUUCCGAUGGUGCUCAGUUGCCUGAAAAUGUUUUACGAUUCGAUGCUGAAGUUCUUCAUAAUCCGAGUAAUGCAUCGCCUAAUCAUAACGAGACCUCAUCAAGCGAGGAAAACUUCGAAGAUUCCAUAGGGGAUUUGGCCGACUUGUCUUCCGAUGAUGCUCAGUCGCCUAAAAAGGAAAUACAAACCGUUGUUGAUGUUCAUCAUGAUCCGAGUAAUGCAUCGCCUAAUCAUACGAUUCAAAGUCCCUCGUCGUUACCGUCCACGUCCACGCCUGCUCGUGCUCCAGCAAAACUGGCCGUAUUAUCAAGUGAGUCGAAAAAAUAUACAGAUCUUCGCAACACAUUGCGAAAGUCCUGCCCCAAUUUGUCUUCCGAAGCUCAUGAGGAGAAAAAUGGAUCGCCUAAACAAACAAGUGCUUCUAACGCUGCCUCUAAAACACCCCCAAUUAAAACUACUGCCGAUAAAUCCAAGCAAACGAGUACUGAUAAUAAUUCCGGCGCUGGAGACAAACAAGAAAGAAAAGCAGCCGCAGAUAAUAAUCCAUCGAACGACAUCAACAGAAUAGAUGUUGUCGACGUAAAUGUUCAACAAGCCGAAGUUCAUGGUAAUUCGGAAACUGUAUCGCCUGAUCGUACGAUUCAAAGUCUCUCGCCGCUACCGUUCUGGUCCGCGCUUGCUUGUGUUUUAACAAGACAGCAGGUCGAAAGAAAUCGUGAGUUGAAAAAAGCGAGACAUCUUGCCAACGAAGUGCGAAAAACAAGGUUCAACUUCUACAAAUUACUACAAGAUAACAAUGACAGCGGUGGCUGUUGCAAGAAUUUUUCUUUAAAAUAUGAGGUCUAUAUUUAUUUCCUUGCAUGGAUUAUUAUAUAUUUCGUUGCCUUUCAGUUUCCCUCGGUGAGAGAUUUGCCAUGGGUUCUCCAACAAGAUUCGGAUGAUUUUCCUAAAUUUGAGUUUAACCUCAAUCGCACAGAAUACAUCACUAUAAAGGAGAACAACACAUUCAGGGAUACGCGUUUCGAUAACUCUAGCGGUUUAUUAAAUCAACAUUAUGCGCAUGAAUAUUGCCAACGAGGUUUAAGAAAUCUCUUUGUAAAUAUCAAUAAUUGCCAAAGAAAUGAAACAAAAGCUAAGAACAACUUUCAUCACCCUACACAGACACCUGGAAUUAUCGAAUACACUAAACCUACUGUUAUCGAAGACUAUAAAUUUUACAAUGAGUUGAAGAAGAUAGCUGGAGAUUACGUCAAGAAUAAGACUGGUAUUGGGUACGACAAUCUAUACGAUCUAUGUGUACGGAUUUUCGAAACUAAUCCAUUCGGGGACGUUGAAGUAGUCAUCUCUGAAGUAAAAGCUGGCCGGAAGCCGCCUAAUGUUACACGUAAAUUCGUAUAUAGAAAUAUCGUAUUGAUGAAAAAAUGCCGCCUUCUACCCGCCGUGCAAUCUCGCACAUUCUAUCGCGACGAGACGCCUACAUUUUUCAACGAUUCGGAAAGGUUGUUAAAAUAUGUUGCGCAGGUGUCAGGUGUAUCAUUGGGUUGUUUAAUUUUACGAUUUAUCAUUUGUACAAUCUGUUGUACAUGUUGUACGAAUGAACCAACGCAAAGGUGCGAUGGCUAUGACUCCGAUAAUUCCGCAUCCGAAAGCUAUCCCAUGUUGUCAAAAUAUACGAGUAGUCCUACCGUGACAUCGAAUUCAAAUCUUGUAGCGAACGUCAACGAAAGGGCGAACGGUGAAGACAGCGCCCAACGAAGCAGUCACCAACGAAGUAGCGCCCAGCUCGAAUCGCCGACCAAAUUUAUCGAAACAGAGUGUUAGCGAAGAAAUCAUCUCAGCGUGACAUAUACACCUCAAAUUUUUCAUCCCCUUCAUUUCUAUCUUUAUUUAAUCGUCAAUUUUGUCUAAAUGUUACGAUUGUUUCUUUUUUUUUACUUCAAUGUUUAAUUUAUUUAUUCGAAUAUUCCAACUUACUGAAGCAUAAUAUUUGAUGAUGCUCUACACUGUGUUAAAUUUUUUUCGCGUAUUUAAUCGUUCACCUGUUUUGUUGAAAUACCGACUACCAUAUAUACUGGUGUCGUUUGUGCCUCAUUUUCAAUCUAAUAUAUUUUUAUUAUCUACCUGCAUUUAUUUUGUAUCCGUGUUUACUUGCUGUUUAAUUUUUUAUCUCUGUUUUUCUUUUUAAAAUUUGUAUUUAUUCAAGUUUUAAUAUAUUUAUAGUAACUCAGACAUACCUAUCUAUUUAAAGCUCUACGUUUGAUUUCAAUUUUUUUUUGGUAUUUACUUUUUUCAAAAAAAAAUAAUAAUUUAUGUACAAUUUUUUCAUUCCAUCUUUGAAUUUUCGUAUGCCAUUGCUCAUUCUAAUCUUCCUCAUAUUUAUAUAUUUUUAUCUAUUUAUUUGAUCGUUUAUUUAUUUAUUUAUCUAUUUAUUCGUGUAUCAUUUUAUUUUAUUUAUUUAUUUAUUUACCUAUUUAUUUAUUUAUUUAUUUAUUUAUUUAUUUAUUUAUUCAUAUUUUGCAUUUAUUUAUUUAUUUACUCAUUUAUUUAUUUAUUUAUUUAUUUAUUCAUUCAUUCAUUUGCAUUUAUUUAUUUAUUCAUCUAUUUGAUUGAUUAAUUUAUUAUCAUCAUUUUAUCUAUUGCGCAAAUUCAUCUUUUUCGUCAAUAAAAUAAUAUGAUGAUUA